GCCAAGGAGAGUUGCGAUUAGUAACCCUAAAAGUAGUGGGGCGCAGUGGCUGGAGCGGAAGCAACUGUAGGGAACAAACCCUGAACCCAAAGGAACGAAUCCCUAAUGGUGGAGUUUCAGUCAUCAGUGACAGGAACCCGGACUACCAAGGCCCAUGCUUGCACCUGAUGAAUGAUGGCCUGAACUAUGAGCAAACGGGACUAUAAGAACACUUCGGUGCAGGAGCCCCCUCUCGACUACUCCUUCAGAAGCAUCCACGUGAUCCAAGAUCUGAUAAGCGAGGAGCCAAGGGUAGGGCUCCGACCACUGAAGCAUUCAAAGUCAGGAAAGUCAUUGACCCAGUCCCUGUGGCUGAACAACAACGUCCUCAAUGACCUGAAAGACUUCACCCAGGUGGCUUCACAGAUCCUGGAGCACCCAGAGAACCUGGCCUGGAUUGACUUGUCUUUCAAUGACCUGACUUCCAUUGACCCUAUCCUAACAACAUUCUUCAAUCUGAGUGUCCUCUAUCUUCAUGGAAACAGUAUCCAGAGCCUGGGGGAAGUGAAUAAGUUAGCUGUCCUUCCUCGGCUUCGAAGCUUGACACUCCAUGGUAACCCCAUAGAGGAAGAGAAGGGGUAUAGGUCAGAUCCUGGUGCGGCUGGUGGAGGAGAAGGCUCCUGCUUGUGUGCUGGGCUAGGCACCUACUGUGGAUAUUCCACCUUGCUUAUUGCCUGUGCCCUGCCCCCUGGGGGUCGCCUUGUCACGGUGGAGCCGGACCCACGAACAGCAGCAGUAGCUGAAAAACUCAUUCGCCUGGCUGGCUUCGAUGAGCACACGGUGGAGCUCAUUGUUGGCAGCUCAGAGGAGGUGAUCCCACGCCUACGAGCCCAGCACCAGCUGAGUCAGGCAGACCUUGUACUCCUGGCACAUCGGCCCCGGUAUUACUUGCGGGACCUACAGCUGCUAGAGGCCCAUGCUCUGCUGCCAGCUGCUGCAACUGUCUUGGCUGACCACGUGCUCUUCCCUGGUGCGCCUCGCUUCCUACAGUAUGCCAAGAGCUGUGGCCACUACCGCUGUCGGCUCCACCACACUGGCCUCCCAGACUUCCCAGCUAUCAAGGAUGGCAUAGCCCAGCUUACCUAUGCUGGACCUGGCUGAGGUCCAGGACCAGGGAUA